GAGUUACAGGGCACAACAUGGCUCGUCAUGAAGAACUCUUCAUAGCAGUCAUUACAGUUCUUGUCUGUUUGGUGCAAGAGUCAAAGGCUGAUGGGAAUAUUCCAAAACCCCAAAUAAUCCAAACUCCUGUGGCUAGUGAGAUAUAUAGAAAUGAGAAAAUCACACUUGACUGCAGUGUCCCAGACGACUCCUCGGGGCUUGAAUACAUCUGGUAUAAGGAUGCAACUCUCUUCAAUUCUACCCAAAUCUACACCAUUGACUCUGCUGACCCAUCACAUAAUGGAGAGUACAAGUGCCAAGUUAAGAGAGGCAACGAUACUUCGGAGCUAAGCGAUCCUCGUACUUUAUCAGUUGUUGAACCACCCCAACCAGACCUGGUUCUUUCUGGAAGGACUAAAGUCUACCCAGCAGAGGUAGUGCAUUUGAGCUGUAACAUUGGGGCCUCUUCAAGUGACUGGACUUACCAAUGGCACAGAGAUGGACAAAAGAUUGCCAGCACUGAAGACAGCAGUUUUUCCAUGGGUUCUCCGCAAGCAGGACGUUACACCUGUGUGGGAGUUCACAAACAGCGGGGUGUAAAGACCAAAACUAGCAAUGGCGUCGACCUUUCUGUCUAUGGGAGUAGUCCGAAACCCUUUUUGACACAGGACUCUGCAUCUCGCAGUGUGUUGUACACAAAAGAACAAGUCACCCUUAAGUGCAAGAUUAUGGAAGAUUCAGAAGGAUGGACAUAUUUGUGGUAUAAAGGCCAAGAUAAAACACCUAGAACCAACACUGGAAGCCAUUUCAACCUGUCCUCUGUGGUACCAGCUGACAGUGGAGAGUACCGGUGUCAAGCUGAGAGAGCUGGUUUCAAAUCUGAAUACAGUGAUUCUCUGUCAUUGGAGAUCAAGGAUGUGCCUCAAACAAAACUGGAGUUGCAGUCCAGAUGGACUAAAGUCUUCCCAUCUGAGGUUGUGCACAUGAAGUGUGACAUUCAGCCUCCUUCUCCAGACUGGAUCUGUAAAUAUUACAGAGAUAGCCAGGAGUUAAACAGCGGAGACUGCACAAUGCUUUCCAUUCCGGUAUCCAGCACUGACUCUGGAGUCUACACUUGCGAGGGAGUCCACCAAUCUCGCACUUUGAAAACCCAACCCAGCAACGACAUUGAAGUUCAUGUUUAUGACCACCGUCCAAAGCUCUUGUUGUCAGAGGAUCCCAGUGACCCACCGAUUUACACAAAAGAAAAGGCCAGACUAACCUGUCAAGUUAAGGAGGACCAAGAAGGAUGGACAUAUUUGUGGUAUAAAGACGGUGACCAAAACACUCCAGUGUAUCAGGCCAGUGAGGGUACUUAUACACUGUCUUCAGCUCAACCAUCAGACAGUGGAGAAUACAAGUGUCAAGUCAAAAGAGAGACUUUCACCUCUGAACUCAGUGACUCACGCGCGUUAACAAUCAAAGACCCACCUGUACCAAAACUGGAGCAGCUGUCGGAAUGGGAUAAAGUUUUCCCCACUGAGACUGUGCGCAUGAAGUGCAGUAUUAGUCCUCCCUCAUCAGAUUGGACCUAUAAAUGGUACAGAAGUCAAGUAGAGCUCAGUAGUGAAAAUGCCGAUACACUUUCAAUGAGCUCUGUUGGCAUCAGCCACACUGGACAAUAUGCUUGCCAAGGAGUACACAAACGACAUGUGGAAACUGUACUUAGUGAUAGUAUUAGCAUCCAUGUUUAUGACCACCGUCCAAAGCCCUUGUUGUCAGAGGAUCCCAGUGACCCACCGAUUUACACAAAAGAAAAUGUCACUCUAACCUGUCAAGUUAAGGAGGACCAAGAAGGAUGGACAUAUUUGUGGUAUAAAGACGGUGACCAAAACACUCCAGUGGAUCAGGCCAGUGACAGUACUUAUACAAUGCCUUCAGCUCAACCAUCAGACAGUGGAGAAUACAAGUGUCAAGUCAAAAGAGAGAGUUUCACCUCUGAACUCAGUGACUCACGCGUGUUAACAAUCAAAGACCCACCUGUACCAAAACUGGAGCAGCUGUCUGAAUGGGAUAAAGUCUUCCCCACUGAGACUGUGCGCAUGAAGUGCAGUAUUAGUCCUCCCUCAUCAGAUUGGACUUAUAAAUGGUACAGAAGUCAAGUACAGCUCAGUGGUGAAAAUGCUGAUACACUUUCAAUGAGCUCUGUUGGCAUCAGCCACACUGGACAAUAUGCUUGCCAAGGAGUACACAAACGACAUGUGGAAACUGUACUUAGUGAUAGUAUAAGCAUCCAUGUUCAUGGCGUUCUCUCAAAGCCUGCAAUGUCCAAAGAGCCCAUGGCCCCUGUUAUUUACACAAAGGAGACGGUCACUCUAAGUUGCCAGGUUAUGGAAGAGUCCACCGGGUGGCAAUAUGUCUGGUUCAAAGACCAAAAUGCAACACCAGUCAGCAAUACCAGUGGGAGAAGUUACAUCAUUUCCUCUGUGGUUCCAUUGAACAGUGGACAGUAUCAGUGUCGCGUUCAAAGAGGCAGCCUCAUCUCUGGCUUCAGUGAAUCCCUUAAUUUAACUGUUAAAGAACCUCCUCAACCUAAGCUGAGUUUGCAGUCGCCUUGGACCAAGGUGUUUCCCUCAGAGGAGGUUAUUUUGAAGUGUAACAUUCAGCCGUCCUCGAAUGACUGGAGUUAUGACUGGUACAAAGAUGGACUAAAACAAACCCGUACAAUCAAGAAUCAAUUUAAAAUCAAAUCAGUGGAUCAGUCAAACAAUGGAAGUUACACUUGUAGAGGAAUUCACAAAAGACAAGUAAUAACUGCACACAGCAGUGGUAUUACAGUUUAUGUUUAUGAUGACAAAGCUGUGCCUACCUUAAGUCAGCACCCAAAUUACACCUCCGUCUAUGUGGAGGAGCAGGUGACCUUCAUGUGUGAAGUAGAGAUCGAUUCUACAGGCUGGGAGUAUCAGUGGUUCAAAAAGAAUCUUCAAGGGCCAAUCCCGAACACUGACCCAACAACAACGAAUUAUACAAUAAAGUCUGCUUCUGCAAAACAUGAAGACGAAUUUUGGUGUAGAGCUCAGAGAGGGGUAUAUCAGUCAGAACCCAGCGGGCCUAUACAAAUACAGGUUUUGUCUCGUCCUGAUACUGUGCUGACCCUGGAGACUGACUGGGCAGACAUUCUCACUGUGGAUAGUUUGACAUUACGGUGUGAUGUACAGGUCAAAGAUUUUGAAUGGAAUUACACUUGGUACAGAGACGGCAAUGAGAUGGCAGACAUCUCUGCAGAUAUUCAUGUCAAAUCCACCAAGGAAACGUACCAGAGUGAAUACACGUGCCGAGGGGCCCGACUCCAGCGUCCGACAUAUUCAGCACUCAGUGAAGCUUUUAUAGCAAACAACCUUGUUCUGAAACGGAAAAUCCUUCUCUCUAUUUCGGGCUGUUUGGUUGUCGGCAUUGUCCUUAUUGUGCUGGGCUGUAUCAUUCUGAAGGUGACCCGGAAGCCAGUAAAAGAGAGCAAAACGGCACCAGACUUGUUUUUCACCAUGGCUGAACUAAAGACACGUGCGGAUAUUGGUUCGACAGCAGACUUAUGCGCAGCUGAAAGUGUUGAUAAACUUAAAACAACAGAAAAGACUGAGUCUGAAGAGCAUCCAUGUCUUGCUGAGGAGCUGCUGAAAGAAGCCAAAGAAAGCCAAGAUGACAAGGAAACAGAUGGGUUUAUAUCAUUUAAAGCUUAGGCUUGUGACCAUACCUGCCCUGUGGAUGUUUCAACCUCCCAUCUCAUCCAAGAUGUCUAAUUCUCUAUGCCAGGAGGUAUCGCAUAUUAUAGUGUAUAAACAGGAGUAUUGCAGCUCUUGUGCAGAAACAAAUGCCAAUAGAACACACCUGAUUUGUUUCACAAGUAGGCUACCAUCUCUCUUUUCAAAAUCUUGUAUUUUUGUAUUAGGAUCUCGUAUUCUUGUAUUCAGACCUUGCGAAAGGAUUUUUCAUAAAUCAGAUUCUGUUUGAUGUCUAUGUUUAUAUUAAAGUCAGUGCCAUUGUGUUAUACGUUGUUUUAUACCAGUCGUUUUAGGGUAGAAUUUCCUUAUGAUUAGCUUAAUUUCAUUGUUCAAUACCUGACUUGACAUCUGUUUCUUUAUUUUUAUAAUAUAUAUAUUAUAUACAUAUAUAACUUGUCACCUUUGGGUUUUUUGGUAUGCAGAAUUGUUUGACAUGUCAAAUGCUAGAGCUAAUUGUUCAUAAAUGACACAAUUUUAGCUUCUAACUUCUUCCAACUGAGGCUCUAAUCAAAGAUCAAGCCCUUUUAUAUCAUUUAACAAUUAUGAAAGGGGCUGGCCUCUUCACUGCCUAUUUUUAAAUCUUGUCUUAAAACUUAUUUUUUUCCCCCUUGGCUUUUAACCUAGUAUGAGGGUGGCUUUUUAAUUUUUUUAUUGUAUGUUGUGUUUAUUGUAUGUUGUUCUUAAAUAUGCUUUAGAAAUAAACCUGACCUUAUGAGUCAUUUUGUAAUAA